UUCAACUUCUCGUGUUGUUCUCGACUUUGACUCUACUCUUGUCUUCAUCACAAAAACUACGGCAACAAUGUCCGCAUCACCAGUCGCAUCGCCUCCCCACGAGGCCCUGGAUGACACUGAGGCCGUCGCCCCAUCGUCUCCCACCGCCGAGGCGCCUGCAGCAGAGGAUGCGCCAGUGGAGGAGACACCAGCAGAGGAGGAAGCUGGAUCGCCAGCAGCUGCCCCGGCCGGCGGCGAGACGCUGUACAACGACGUGUUCGGUGGCGACGGAUCCGAUCUGUCGGACAUGUCAGACAACGACGAUGAUGGAGCUCGCCGCUCCCGCAAGUCCAAGGCGGCCGACGCCGAGGUUGAGGGCGCCAACGACGACGAGAACGAUGAGAACGACACGUACCAGCCAGCGACUGCGACGUCGUCUGCGCGUAUCCCGUCGUUCAAGAAGAACCGCGCGGGAGCCGGUGGCGAGGAGCAGGACGGCGACGACGACGACGAUGCCCCGGCUGCGGACGAGGACCGGAGGCGACGCAAAAACAAGCGCAAGGAGCGCCGCGCGCGAGACGAGGGCAACGGUGACGAGGACGAGGACGAGCCUGUGCUGGACGAGGCUACGAGGCGGCGUCUUGCCCUCGAGGAGAGGAUAGAGAACAUUGGCAAGAAGAACCGCGUCGUCAGGCGGAAGAAAAAGACUGGAGACGAUGUUGACAUUGUCGACUCGUACCACGACGAAAUUUGCAUUCGCCUGCGUGAUCGCAUGCUCCUGGCGGCCGAGAAGGACACCAAGGCGAAUGAGAACAAGCUGCCUGCUACGAGCAAGCUGGCGAUGCUGGAUGAGGUGGUGAAUGCGCUUCAGAACACCACCCUCUGGUCGUCCAUCAUUGACAAUGAGGUGCUCAAGGCUGUCAAGGUGUGGCUGGAGCCAUUGCCCGACCGCUCGCUCCCUGCCGUGGGCAUCCAGAAUGCGAUUUUCGAGGUCCUCCCUAAGAUGGACCUUGACACGCCAACCAUCCGCGAGGCCCAGCUUGGCCCCAUUGUCCUGUUCUACACCAAGACGAAGCGCGUGACUGCGUCGAUCACGCGCCAGGCGGAUGCCCUGGUGCAGACGUGGUCUCGCCCCAUCAUCAAGCGCCCCGCCGACUACCGCAGCAAGUAUGUUGCGCACGCCAGUGACGAGCGUGACAAUCAGCCUGGCGGCGACGAUGGCGACGUUGACAUGGACGACGACGACGAGACGCCUAGGCAGCGCCCGCGUCCGUCCAAGCCGUCGAGCAAGCCGCGCCGCUUCGACGUGCGCGCUGCGCUUGCCGAGAACGAGACGCGCAAGGGUGCCAGCUUGCCGAAGUCCAACGACAUUCAAUACACGAUCGCGCCCGAGUCGCGCGUGCAGCACAAUGCCGAGGACAUGAAGCACGUCUCGCGUAUCCAGCGCGACAACCGCAAGUUCAACCGCUUUGCGAACCAGAUGAAGGGACGGAAGUGAGGCGGCGACGGCGUGGUGUGGUGGUAGGUGUAGGGUGCCGCGCAGUGGUUCCAGCUGUGUCAGUUACGCAUGGCCGGUUACGUUGUUUACGUGCCCGGCUAUGUGACUCGGCUAGGGCGACAGUGAGAGUGGUGGGAGUGACAGAGUGGUCGAGUCUUGGAGUGGUCGAGAUACCAUGUUGUACAACGCAUGCAUCGAGCGUACAUAAUCA